AAACGUUUGAGUGACGGGAGAAAAUCCAAGGACAUCGGGAAUCGCAUCACAUUAUGGCAUUGUUACUUGGAGGGAAGUUACAGCAUUCUUUAACAACAGGAGCACUAACAUGCGUAUGCAGAAAUGUAAGGUGUUGUUCUGUGUUGACCUCUGACUUGACCAAGACGUCCUCUCCCAAUGCUGACUAUGAAAUAAACCCACUGUUUAGGAACAGAAACCCAAGAAACUUAGAAAAGAUGGCUUUGGCAUGGAAGGCAACAGGAUGGCAAUUCCAAAAGGGAAUACGAAACUUCUACCAUCGAUUAAGUAUACAAACUACCAGCAGAAAAACGACAGCAUCAGUUGAGCAUUGCAGUGGAGCAUUCACCCUCCAGGUUUCUACAGAAAGUCCAGAAAUAAAACGAGCUUUUGCUGGCUCCGGUUGCAGUAGAGUAACAAAGGUCCAUUACCUAGGCCAAGUAAUUGCCCAGCGGUGUCUUGAGGCGGGCAUCACACAUAUCGUCUUUGAUCCUCCAGAGGGUGAUGAUAUUUCACCAAAGGAUCAGUCUUUCAUAGACGGUUUGGAAAAAAUGAAAAUGGAAUUGACAGAGCCUGAAAUGAUAAAACCAAUCUACCGGCCGGGUAUAGACUACAGUAAACCUAACAGAUACGCGGAGCGCAAAAAGUACAAACGUGACAUCCAGGUGGCUUGACCUAUCUGUACCGAUAUCAUAUUUGUUUAUAGUAAUAAAAGUUCAAAUUGGU